AUGGAAAGUAACGACACAAAAGGCACCAGAUCGUGGGUAGGUGUGUUGUUCCUGCUACUGUCCGCCACCUUUGACAGCCUGUCCAAUGAGUUUGUCACCCUCGCGAGCAACGAGGGAAUACCGGGACUUCAGAUGCUGUUUCUCAACAGACUGUCCCUCCUGAUUCUGGUGAUCAUCGCUUGGCCGGUCUUCCGACCGAAACUGUCGGCACUAAGCUGCAAACAGAUCGCGGUAUUAAUUCUCAUCACUGCUGGGCAUAAUCUGGAGCAAGGACUUGUAUUCAUUUCCCUCACCUACACGGUCCCUGGGAUAGCCUACACCAUACGCCGGGGAACUGAGACGAUUCUUACGGUCAUCAUCAGCUUUUUUCUUCUCGGAGAAGUUCUCGGACUCUUGGACUUCUUCGGGAUAUUCCUGAACGUCGUCGGCGUCGUUGCCGUCGGAUACAAUCUCAUGUUCGGGACUGGAAAACGGAUCAGCGUGAACGUUUUGACGUUCGCUCUCCCACUUUUGGCGGCCGUCGUAGGGUCGCCCUUAACCGUGUUCGACAAGUAUCUCCUUGGCCGGCAAGAUGUUCACGUUCUGGUCCUUUUACUCGGUAUCUCGUCGACGGGAACUCUUUACCUACCCGCGCUGUCGCACGUUUUAGAAACACCCGUGUGGAAGAUGUCGUGGCAAGCUGCGGCUUACCUCGUAGGCAUGAAUGUCUCGUACGUGCUUUCGGUAGUGUUUUGGUACUGCGGCAUGUACUUAGAAAAUGCAGGCGUGGCCAUGGCUAUCAGUGUGAUGACCGUGCCCAUCACCAUUGUUCUCGACUACUUCGUCCUAUCUAAGACUCCCGGUGCACUGAAGCUUGCGGGCGGAGCUCUUGUUUUUGCAGGCUCGAUGACAGUAAGUGUGGUCACCGUUUGGAGAAACUGGAAAGCUGAAAAGAGGACCAGACUUUUGCAAGAACUCAAUUUUGGCGUCCCCACAAAAGACAGAUAA